GCCCUGGAUGCUGAUGCUGGCCCCAACGCCCGCUGCUCCUACGCGCUCUCCCCCAGCGAGCACUUUGCUCUGGAGGUUGUCUCCAGCUCCGAUGGGACGAGGCAUGCAGAGCUUGUUGUGGUUAAAGAAGUGGACAGGGAGCUGCACUCCUCCUUCGAACUCGUGCUGACAGCCACUGACCAUGGGGAGCCACCAAAAUCAGGCACUGCUCUAAUCAAAGUCAUUGUCCUUGACUCCAAUGACAACAGCCCUGUCUUUGCAGAGAGCAGCUUGGCAGUGGAGGUUUGGGAGGAUGCUCUGCCCGGGACCCUCCUCGUGACAGUCACAGCCACCGACCCCGACCAGGGCCCCAAUGGGGAGAUUGAGUACAGCCUGAGCAAGCACGCGCCCCCGGAGGUGCUCAGCACCUUCAGCAUCGAUGCCCGCACAGGCAGCGUCAUCCUGAGGCACCCCCUGGACUACGAGGAAACCCACACCUACGAGCUGGAUUUGCAGGCUCGGGACCUGGGCGCCAACCCCAUCCCAGCCCACUGCAAGGUCCUGGUCAGAGUCCUGGAUGUCAACGACAACGCUCCUGACGUCCACGUCACCUGGGCCGCGCGGGUGCCCGUGCUCUCCGAAGCUCUCCCCAAAGACAGCUUCGUGGCUCUGGUGACAGCCAGCGACCCUGAUUCAGGGAGCAAUGGGCAAGUGCUGUGCUCCCUCAGUCAAGGGUAUGAGCAUUUCAGGCUGAAGAGGACCAACAGCCACAGCUAUGUGCUGAUGACCAAUGCCACGUUGGACAGGGAACUGCGUGCCGAGUACAACCUGACGCUGGUGGCACGGGACCAGGGACACCUGUCUUUGGCUGUGCUGAAACACCUCACUAUCUGCAUCAGUGAUGUCAAUGACAACGCCCCAGCCUUCGAGAAGGCCAUCUAUGAGGCUGCUGUUGCUGAGAACAGUGAAGCACCUGCCUUCCUGCUCACCGUCCGUGCCACCGACCCCGACCUGGGAUUCAAUGGGAGAAUCACCUUCAGCAUUCCAGACUCCUCUGUUUCAGGUCUGGUCUCAGUUGACCCCACCACUGGGGAUGUUUUUGCCCUCCAAGCUUUUGAUUAUGAGCAGGUGAGGAGCCUGGAGUUCCUGGUGACUGCAGAGGAUGGAGGUCAUCCCAAGCUGGCAUCCAACGUCUCCAUCAGGCUGGCUGUGCUUGACAGGAAUGAUAAUGCACCCAUCAUCACCACGCCAGCACUGGUGGGAGGCACAGCCACGCUCUCUGUCCUGGUCAAUACAGACACUGGGUGCUGCUGGGUGGUUCCUGGGAACAGGAGCACCCAAGGGGCUGCAGCAGUGAUCAAUGCAACACUCGUGUCAUGUGCUGGCAACCCCUUCCUCUUUACCAUCGUGGCCAGGGACAUGGACUCCGGCAUCAAUGGGGCUCUCUGGUAUGAGCUGGUGGGUGGGGAUGAUGCUGGGCUCUUCAUCCUGGACCCUCUCUUGGGGCAGGUCUUCCUCAACACCAGCAAUGCCAGCAGCCUGGCAGGCAGCGAGCGGGAGCUGGUGGUGCGGGUGAGCGAUGGUGGGGACAUCCCCCUGCACACCCUGGCCCGGCUCCGCUUGCUUUUCCGGCGCCAUGGGGCCUUCUCCAAAAUCUCAGCCCAGAAUCCAGGGUGGCUGAGCCCCUCCGUGGUGGUGGUGAUCUGCAUGGCUGCUCUCCUGGGCGGGUGCCUUCUCCUCCUGGCUCUAACCCUGUCUCUGUGUAAGAAGGAGCAGAAGGACGGCAUGGCCUACAACUGCAGGCAGGCAGAGGAUGCCCACAGGCAGCAGCAGCUCAAGAAGCCACACAGGCAGAUCCAGAAGACAGAUAUCCACCUUGUCCCGCUGCUCCGGGGCCGUCCUCGGGAGGCUGAGCCCCCACGGCCCUGCCAGGAGGAUCUCUCCUCUCUCCCACAAGCUCCUCUCCUCCUCACCCCCACUCUCUACAGGACCUUGAGAAAUCAGAGGACCCAAAAAGACUCAGAUGAGCAGCAGGAGGCCUUUGACCUGCCCAUCCUGCAGCGCCGACCCUGCCAGCCACACAGACCCAAACAUACAGCAAAAGAGGCUGUGAGUCCCCUGGAUGCAUCACAACACGGCAGGACCUUGGUGAAGCCACCCAUGGGACAGCCCCAGCUGCCACCCGACCAGCCUGUGGGUGCUGGGGGACCUGGGCAGCCCCAGCCCCACCAGCACAUCCUCCGGAGCCUGGUGCGGCUGUCACUGGUGGCACUGGCAGAGCAGAGUCCCACGGGGGAGUUCGCGAUGGAGUCGCCCCCAGUGCAGCAAAUUUCGCAGCUGCUGUCCCUGCUGCACCAGGGCCAGUUCCAGCCCAAAACAAACCACAGGGGAAACAAGUACACGGCCAAGAACGGCAGCAGGGUGGCAGGGCUGGACACUGACUGCCUGAGCACGAAGGACAGCGGACAUGGCGAGAGUGAGGCCGAGGACCGCGACUCCGAGAGCGGCUUUGAGCUCUCCGUGCAACAGCUGGUGGGAGAGGAGCUGGAGACCCUACUGGAGCCACAGGCAGAGCUGGCCCUCAAGAGGCUGACAGCUGUGGACCCAGCAUGGAUGGCCAGGCUGUCCCUGCCCCUCACCAGCAGCUACAAGGACAACGUCUUCUCCCCCAACUCCUCACAAUCCCCUCAGGAUGAAGAAGCUGCAAGGCAGGAGAAACCAAGGACCUUUGAGACCUUUGGCAAAGGUGCUGGGGCUGACUCCAACAGCACUGGGACGAGGCUGGCCAGCACCUUCCUCUCUGAGAUGAGCACUCUCUUCGAAAUGAUCCUGUCCCAGAAGGUGCAAGAGCACAGCGAAACAGGCUCGGGGCUCCUGCGGCAGCUGUCAGCACGAGGGAAGAGCCUUGGCCUGGAGGACAGUGCUCCUGUUCUGUAG